CUAAAAUGUAAUUACAUCCAAAAUUUUCAUCAGUUAAUCUCUACACUACUUUUGGAGUAGGAUGUAUUACUUGGCAAUUUUAUUUUGCACUCUUUUUGUGCCCUUUACUCAAUCGUUCUACAUCGACGAUAGAUUUUUAAACGAUGUACCUGACUAUGAGGUGGUGCCAAUUAGUCAUAAAAUAUCCGACGACAAAUUAACAAUUCGAAUUAAAAGAGAUGGGAAAACCAAUGAUUAUCAUUUAAAUCCAAAAGAUAGUUUAUUUUUAGGAAGAGAAUCAAAAGUUUAUACUGCCACUAAUAAUGUUGAGCAUAGUUCCGUUGAUUAUGAAGAAAUACAAAAUGUUUUGCAAAAAAUCGACCAUAAAUUUUAUCAAGGUGAAGAAACUGGUUCAUCUGUUACACAGUUUAGGAAGAAACGUGGAAUAUCUGAAUUUCAUGGAAUUAUCGACAAUAAUUAUGUGAUUGAACCAUUGCCCAAUCAUCUUCGUAAACGUCGUGAUUUGUCGGAAACAAAUUCUUCAAUCUUUGAGAGUGAUGCCGAAGGUUUCAUAAAUGCUAAUGAACAUAUAAUUUAUAAACAAAAAUUUAAUAAUGCUUCCAAACUUCCUGCACAUAAGCUGGUCGAUGAUGAAAUUAUAAAAAUUAAAAGUGUAUCUCGACGAGAAGUUAAAGUGACUCCAGACAUUGUGUAUCCGGAAAUUAUGCUUUACGUUGAUGAUAUAAUUUUUAAAAAAUACAAUCAUGACGUGGUAAAAGCGUUACAAUAUAUUUUGAGUUUCUGGAAUGAAGUUGAUUCAAUAUACAAACAAAUGGAAAAUCCAAAAAUUCACAUCUACAUGAGAAAAAUAGUAUUUCUUAAAGAACCACUACCAUUCAUUAAAAAAGCAACCAACAAUUUGCCCGAAGGAAGAAUAAAUGUCUACAAAUGUUUAAACGCAUUUGCUACACAUUUAAAUAAGGAACAAUUCUUUCGACCAAUGGAAGAUUAUGAUAUAGGUUUGUUGAUGUUUAGAAGAAAUCCUGUAGAUGUAUGUGGUUUGGCCUAUCUUGGUACAGUGUGUAAUAAUAAUAAUGAUAAUCAGAUAAACUAUAGUUCCGGUGUAAUGGAAAAUUGGAGUGCCGAUAUUGGUUAUGCAGGGAUUCGUACUGCCGCUCACGAAUUAGCUCAUGUCUUGGGUACAGAUCAUGAUUUUAAUGAUGUAACGGAUUGUUUGAAUGAAGACGGCUAUCUUAUGAAUUCGAUUCAUGCUCGUAAAAACAUAAGGUUGUUGUCCCGAUGUUCGAAAGAUAGUAUUCGAUCAACUUUAAGUAAAGAUUUUACGAAAUGCAUUCGGAAUAAUCCAGCAGAAUAUGAAGAGAAUUUAAAUUCGAAUACAAAGGCACCAAUUACGAGUGAUUCUUCAACAUCAACGGAUUGCGGUAAUGUAAAGUGUUCAACUGAUGAAACAUGCAUCAAUGGAAAGUGUACAAUUACAAAUGAAGCAGAAAAUAACAAUGAUGAAAACCUUUUGUCAAAAGAUUUUGCCUUGUGGUUUGAAAAAUCCCAAGCUGAAAUUUUUAACAUUCUUUCUACCUCAUAAACCUAAUUGAAUCCUAA